AUGGAAAGGGUCUGCCCAGAAUCUCAAGGCUUGGAAGAUGAUGAUGAUGACAAGGAUGAUGAAUUCAGCUACUUUUGCCACUCCACACGUCCUCCACUCCGGUGCAAGAGCUCUGACAGCUCAGGUGACAGUCAGGGUGAGGAUCUGGGAGAACCCAUCCCAUUUUCCCUAAAUCCCAGGCACUCUUACAUGUUAAAAGACAAAGGAUUGAAAAAUAGGACAUAUGCCAAGAGGUUGCCCAAACAUGCACUGGAGCUUGAGGAGGAAGCUCAGGAGUUUCAGAAACCAUUUUACAAAGGCACAGAAAUGCCUGGCAGCUUGUCCGAAGGUGAGGACCACAGAUGGACCUAUCACCUUCCUGUCCAUCAAAGGUCAUGUGUUCUCCGAACUGCCAGUAUGGCACCGUGCGGCGCCUACGACUCUUUCCAAUAUAGUGUGGGCAAGCACUUGGGGGUGGAUGCCUGUGCCCCAUGGGCCCAUGCCAGUGACCCUUACCUGGGGAACUCAGAGCGCACCAGGGGAGCAGAGCCCCCCAUGCUGCAUGAGGAGGCCAUCGGGGACAGAGAGUUCCCUUCCCCACAGAUGACCUACGACAUGCUCAAGGAGGAGAACACCAUGCUCAGGAGGGUGGUCAGCAACAUGAAGAGCUCCUUGGAGAGCCAGGUGUGCAUGGUGCAGAGGCUGGAGAGGCAGCUGGCCAAAGACGAGAGGGAAGCCCGAGAGCUACAAUCCUUUGUCCAGCAGACUAAGUGGAGUCUCCAGCUAAUGACCCAGCGGGCUCUGGAGGCAGAAAGCAACGUGGAGAAGCUGAAGCAGGAGAUCUCUAUUCUCCAGGGAGAGCUGGAAAGCUCCAAGGUGGAGAAUGAAAACCUGAAAGCAGGCCAAACAACUGACCUGGGGGCAGUGAAGCACAACAUAGACUUCGCCUUGCAGAACCUCCACAAGAUAAUAACGGGUGCAAAUUGGUCCGUCAGACAGCUUACCUUGGGAGUGGAGUCGUUGCAUUUUGUUGCUGAGGUCCUCGAAUCUACUGGCAAGAUUUCUGAAGUUGAAGCAGAAAAAGAGCUAUGA